AUGCUUCCUUCCGGUACCCUCGGAAAUGUGCCAAUUUCAAAUCGGGCGUCGUCUUCUUGUCUCCUUUUGGACAUUGGGUGGUGAUAUUAACUUUUGGGGCUUUCCCGACACAACGGUAAAUAUGAAAGAUUGGACGCUGUAGAAUAUAUCUUUCUGGUUACUCCAACUUCGUAAAUUUGAAACACAUAUUCCAGUGUACGUGAAUGUCUCAGCGGAUCCGCCUGACUCUUCCCUCGAUAGCUUGAAGGACAAACACAAUGCUUACACAGGACCUUUAUUUUAUGUACCAUGGAGUUAUGCUGCCAAAUGAAACCCACUCCCAAGAAAGCCUGACAUUUUUUGCACAGGACUUCACGUUUAAAGACGAUGACGCCAUUGCCGUCACGUACCCAAAGUCAGGUACAAUCUGGAUGCAAGAGCUCCUCCCGCUGGUGCUGAGUGGGGGGGACUUGACGCCCAUUCAAACCAUUCCCAACUGGGAUAGAGUUCCCUGGCUGGAGGAGAAAAGAUUAAAAGUAGUUGUGGAUCAAUUGUCUUCUCCACGAGCGCUGGUCACACAUUUUCCUUAUCAACUCAUGCCACAGUCCUUCGUCUACUCAAAAGCCAAGGUGAUCUAUGUAAUGAGGAACCCCAAGGAUGUCAUUGUGUCUUCCUAUUACUUCCACCAGAUGGCCACUUUCCUUGAAGACCCUGGAACCUGGGAUGAAUUUAUGGACAAAUUCCUGGAAGGCAGAGGUUUUAGUUUGAAAAAGUUUCUUUCCUUAUGUGGGCUUGCCGUCACUCCAUGCCUUGUUGUCAUGGUAGGAAAGGCUGUUGUCCCCCUGAGAAUAGUGAUGUUUGGCAAAUGGACCGACCAUGUCAAGAGUUGGAGGCACACAGAGCUGGGAGACCGAAUCAUGUAUAUCACAUAUGAGCAAAUGAUUCAGGACCUUCCUUCAGCUGUGCGUCUUAUUUCCGAUUUCCUGGGGAAGAACCUGAGUGACAAAAUCAUUGAGAAAAUAGCCUACCACUGUUCUUUCAAAUCCAUGCAGGCCAACAUCAUGUCUAACUUCAGUUUGGUCCCCAAAAUAUACAUGGACUCUGACAAGUCUCAGUUCCUUAGGAAAGGUGUUGUUGGAGACUGGAGAAAACAUUUUAGCUCCGAGCAACUGGUCCACUUCUCCUCUGUCAUUUACAAGGAGCUGGAGGGCGAGCGCUUCACUCUGCCAUGGAGCCUGGAUGGCGCAACGGAUGUAGCAAAUGUGCUUGCACAAGUUUAAAUGCCACAGCUGAGGUUUCAGAGUUAGGUUAGUUCAUACUCAAAUAAAACCCCAAUUCCAAUGAAGUUGGGACGUUGUGUUAAACAUUAAUAAAAACAGAAUACAAUGAUUUGCAAGUCAUGUUCAACCUAUAUUUAAUGGAAUACACUAAAAAGACAAACUGACAAAUGUGAUUGUUUUUAGCAAAUAAUCAUUAACUUAGAAUUUUAUGGCUGCAACACGUUCCAAAGAAGCUGGGACAGGUGGCAAAAAAGACUGAGAAAGUUGAGGAAUGCUCACUGCAUUGCAUCAAAAACCGACAUCAAUGUGUAAAGGAUAUUACCACAUGGGCUCAGGAACACUUUAGAAAACCAAUGUCAGUAAAUACAGUUCGGCGCUACAUCCGUGAGUGCAACUUGAAACUCGACUAUGCAAAGCAAAAGCCAUUUAUCAACAACACCCAGAAACGCCGCCGGCUUCUCUGGGCCCGAGCUCAUCUAAGAUGGACUGAUGCAAAGUGGAAAAGUGUUCUGUGGUCCGACGAGUCCACAUUUCAAAUUGAACCAUCCGGACUGUUAUGGACGCAAAGUUCAAAAGCCAGCAUCUGUGAUGGUUUGGGGCUGUGUUAGUGCCAAUGGCAUGGGUAACUUAGACAUCUGUGAAGGCACCAUUAAUGCUGAAAAGUACAUACAGGUUUUGGAGAAACAUAUGCUGCCAUCCAAGCAACGUCUUUGUAAUGCACGCCCCUGCUUAUUUCAGCAAGACAAUGCCAAACCACAUUCUGCACGUGUUACAACAGCGUAAAAGAUUGCGGGUACUAGACUGGCCUGCCUGCAGUCCAGACCUGUCUCCCAUUGAAAAUAUGUGCGCAUUAUGAAGCGUAAAAUACGACAACGGAGACCCCGGACUGUUGACCAGCUGAAGCUGUACAUCAAGCAAGAAUGGGAAAUAAUUCCACCUACAAAGCUUCAAAAAUUAGUGUCCUCAGUUCCCAAAUGUUUAUUGAUUGUUGUUAAAAGAAAAGGUGAUGUAACACAGUGGUAAACAUGACCCUCUCCCAGAUUUUUGGGAAUGUGUUGCAGCCAUAAAAUUCUAAAUUAAUGAUUAUUUGCUAAAAACAGUGAAGUUGAUCAGUUUGAACAUUAAAUAUCUUGUCUUUGUAGCGUAUUCAAUUAAAUAUAGGUUGAACAUGAUUUUCUAAUCAUUGUAUUCUGUUUUGAUUUAUGUUUAAGACAACGUCCCAACUUCAUUGGAAUUGGUGUUGUAUUAUACACAAGACUUAACCUGCCUUUCCCCUGUUGACUAAUCUAGUUAGCAUUGUCCCCACUACCUGAAUUUAGUACGAUGUUGGGACGUAUACUAUGCAGGUUUAGUGCUUCACAUGGGCCAUGGCAGGCUUCAUUAUCAAUAUAGUUACUGUACACUAACUGGCCUCUUUAUUAGGUGCACCUAAUCAAAUGAGAUCCAAUACAAUACCUAUACAUUGGAACCUCGAUAAAACGUACCCCGAUAUAACUGAUAUCAGAUAAAACGGACCGUCGGCACUGAGCAAGGUGUCCAAAAAUAGUUUACAUUUGUCACUUAAAAUGCCGUUGCCAAGUCUGGUAGUUCCAUAAUUUUCCGCUGUUGUUUACUGGCGCUGUGGUGUAAUGCAGGCAGAGAAUGGCGACUGGUGUAUUUCCGGGUCACGGCUAAAUGAAUUAUACUCGAUCCUCCUGUUAUUGAGAGUGGGGCAUUGACGUUGUGGCCAUGUGACAAUGGUAAAGCUAUUGUCCAUUGUACAUACAGUAGAGCAGAGAGAGAGCAUCAUGGCUGCAGCGUUAACUGUGAGGAGUACAAGACACGUCUUUGGAGUCUGGAACAAGCUAUUUUUGGUACAGUAACAGUUUCUUUUAAAUCGUUUUUUUUUGUUAAAAGCAAACGGAAUUAGGAAGCACACAAAUUCCCCGCGGCUCAUGAAAGCGACUCGCCUAUGAUGAGUACUGUAUGUCAACAAUGUCACCAUGACGAGGCAUGGUAAAAUUUGAAACUUUCAAACAUUUUAAAGCUUUUUUACAAAUAUUUAUUUACAAUAACGUUGUACUGUACUAGAUGUUUUAGGCCACGAAAAAAAAUCUACAAAACAAUAAUUUUGUACUAUACAGUAAUAUGCAUGCAUAUGGCCAUAAAAUAAGUGCUUCAAUGUAACGGACAAUCGGCUAUAUCGGACGACCCCCGCCCCUAUUAGUCAAGGUUCCACUGUAUAUUAAAAUAACGGGCCAUGCAUGUGUUACUUAAAAAACAUCAUGUAUAGCUACUGCCAUACUAACAAGCAUAAUUCUUAUAAUCACUGCAUAUGUUUUGAACCUCAUGAGUAUAUUGGUUCUUAGCUUGCAUGAUAUUGAAAUGCAUUACUUACCACAAUCAUUUUAUUUUCAAUCACUACUUGGGUGCCUUAUUUACCUAGUUACAAAUGGGAUGAUCAAAUGCUUGUAAUUUCAUUUUCCAUUUACCUUUUAGAGUAUAUAUGAUGGUACUAAAAUAAAUUCUUUUUUUUUUUUGUUAAAGAUUGCUUUGCUAAUGGAUUUAUUGCACGCUAAUGUUUUUUGGAAUGCUAAAGGAUUCCUUUGUUUUAUAAAAAUAUUUUUGGAACUCAUUGGUUUAACUUUUUAUUUAGCCUCACAGUCAUGUAUGCCAAAGUGACAGAAUACAUCAAACAAACAAAUAAAUACAACCUGAAUGUAUUCACUGCA